AUGUGGGGCCUCUUUUUCAACGUUAUUGACAAUCCGGAGCAGGCCAAGAAUGGCAAGAUUGCCGAUGCUGCUGGUAGCGGCGAAGAGCAGGUUCAGGGACUAUCCAAGGAGGACAAGGCGAAGGCUGCCAAGUCGCACCAGGAGGAGCAGGAGGCUCUGCAGUCGCUGUUCAAGACACACGGUGUGCAAGAAUUCUACGACCAGUUCUGGUACCUGUGUGGCCCCGAUGUGCCGGAUAUGAUCAUGCUCAAGUUUUUGCGUGCGCGCAAGUGGAACGUGCACCGCGCCUUUGCGAUGCUUGCCAAGUGCAUCAAAUGGCGAAUCGAGUCCAAGGUAAUUGACCUGGUCGAGAAGGGUGACCUCGGUCUUUCGAAGAUCGACGACAAGUACCUAGAGCAGGGAAAGGCCAACAAGACCUUUGCUGCUGGUAUGACGGACAACCUCAUUCCCAUUGUGUACAUCCACGUGAACCGUCACUUGGCCAAGGCGCAGGGUCCCGAGACGAUGACGCGUUUCGUCAUUGCGACCGCCGAGUCAUUCCGCUGCCUCAUGUCGUACCCUAACGACAAGAUUGUCAUUGUCUUUGACCUGGCCGGCUUCGGCAUGAAGAACAUGGACUGGCACUCGCUGACGACCAUCUUGCAGAUUCUCGAGGCCUACUACCCCGAGACACUCAGCAAGCUCUACAUCCACAACGCCCCUUGGAUCUUCCAGGGCAUCUGGAAGGCGAUUUCGCCUAUGCUUGACCCUGCGGUCCGUGCCAAGAUCAACUUUACCAGCAAGCCAGGCGACCUCGAUUUGAUCCCUUCCAACCGUCUCGAGAAACAGCUGGGUGGUGAGCUCGCGGAGGAGGUCACUUUCGUUCCUCCGAAGCCGAAUGAGAACAAGACGCGCCCGCCGGGCGAUCCCGAGCGCCAGCGUCUGUGGGACGCCUACAUGGCGCAGGCCCAGGUAUACGAGGACCUCACAAAGAAGUGGGACAAGUCCCACGGCUCCGACAAGAAGCUCGAGGACGAACGUGACUUCCAGGCCCUGAAGCUCCGCCUUGCAUGGAUGGACCUCGACCCGGUCGUUCGCGCCAAGACGACGUACCACCGCUCCGGCAUCAUCACCCCCGACUUCACCUUCCACUGGACCUACAAGCAGACCAGCGGCAAGACGAUCACGCACGAUGUCGGCAAGGACCGCGGCCGCUCGGCCAUCCAGAAGCGCAUUUCGGAACGCGAAGGUACCAGCAACGGCUCUGCUCAGCAGAACCAGCAGAACCAGCAGGGACAGGAGCAGAGUGCGCCUGCCCGUGAGCAGUCCGAUGAUGCUGCUACUGGUGCUGCUGCUGGCACCGCUGCGGGUGUUGCUGGUCUCGGCGCAGGUGCGGCCGGCUACGCGGCCAUCUCUGGCAAGAACAAGGGUGUGGAUGACACGCCCGCGCAGAACUACGAGUCUGUGCAGCCCACCUAUGCCCAGAACUAUGCUCAGCAGGACUCGGGUGCCUACGCACAGCAAGAUGCUUCUGCCUACGCGCAGCAGGAUGCUUCUGCCUACGCGCAGCAGGACCCGAACGCCUAUGCGCAUGGUGCGUCGCAGUACGGCCAGCCCGAGCAAGCCGCGUACGGUGCCCCGGCCCAAGACUACAGCCAGAGCGCGUACUACACACAGGGCUACCCCGCUGAGGCCUACAACACCGGCUACGACCAGUCGGCCGCCUACCAGACCGGUACGCAAACUGAACCGUCGUACUACUCGAACUACGCCACCGAUGCCGCGGUCGGUGCUGGUGCUGGUGCUGCUGGUGGUGUUGGUGCUGCCGUGCUUGCCAACAACGUCCCCAUUAACGAGGAGCAGGUGCCGCCGACCAACAGCCUCGCCUACCUGCAGACCUACGUCGCGUCCAGCGACUUGGACACGAACAAUGUGGCUCCCGCCUCCGUCCCCGCCUCUGUCCCCGCCUCCGUCCCCAGCAUGACGCGUUCCGAGACGGCCGUGUCGGGUCCUACGCAGUCGUUGUACACCAACUCGUCGACGCCGAACCAGAGCUCUGAAGACCUGUUUUAUGAUGCAAACGGUCCUUCGAUGGAUGGCAACGCGCAGUCGGCUGCGUACUACAACCAGCAGCAGGAAGAUGCGACCCGUGGCGCUGAUGCCUACGGCGCCGAGCAGGAGGAGACCGACCCAUACGGCGCGGACGCCUACCACUCGGGUGACUACGCUGAGCAGCUGCCCCAAGAGCAUGCGCACGAUGGCUCUGCGGCCGAGGGCUACGACCUGACGCACGGUGCUAAUGUACAGCUUGAGGAUGGUGUGCCUGCUGGUGAUGACAAUGAGAAGGCUGCCGCGCAGGGUGCCCAGAAGGACUUUGACGAGCAGAUCGCCGAGGGCGGCAUGACCGAGGCUGGCAGCAAAAUCGGCAAGGAGAAGUCGCCGCUCGCUGGUUUCCCGUACCUUGCCAAUGGUUCGGGCCCCGAGGCCAUUGCCGAGGCCAACCUGCGCGCGCGCAAGGAAGCCGAGCAGGUCGCCCAGAAGGGCAAGGGCGGCUUCCUCUCGAAGCUCAACUGCUGCUCGGCAAAGAACAUCGACUAA